AUGAUGCAAUCAUUGCCACAUACUAUAUUACAACAUAUACUGUCAAGCUUGGAUAACCUUGAUAGGUUAUGCUUUACACUAACUUGUAAACUUUGGUUUGAACAAAGGGAUCGAUACCUUGUAUUGCAUACAUCCGACACAUUCCUAUUCUCUGCCUACUACUAUGCCAACAGUCCACUGUUCAAGUUCAACUCUUACCGAAUGGCAUUAUGUCGCUCACUUGAGAAGCAUGGCGGACUCUUUGACCAGGAAGUAUCAAACCAGCCAAUGGACACUCCAAUAUAUGCUUAUGUGAACUACUUGUACUUCUCAAACACGUUCAAUUACCCGUUGCCAAAGCUUUGGAUACCAGGUAGCAUCACGACACUUCGUUUCGGCUUCUCAUUCAAUCAUCCAUUGUUAGAGGAUACGCUUCCAUUUGGCCUCCGCACACUGGCCUUUGGGAACUCAUUCAAUCAACGUAUCAUCCCAGGCACGCUUCCGACCAGUCUCCGCAAGCUCGCCUUUGGUAACGACUUUAACAAGCCAUUAGAGUUUGGCGCCAUCCCCAACGGCGUGGAAACCAUCUCCUUUGGCAAUUGUUACGACGAACCACUUGUGGCUGGCACACUGCCCUCCUCCACUAAGCAUCUGUGCUUUGGCAACAACUUUGAUCAGGAUGUCUUGCCUAGCGUGCUGCCAAAGUCCAUCGUGUCACUCAAGUUUGGAUACUACUUCAAUCGCUCGCUGUCUGGUGGCGUUCUCCCACCUCAACUCAAGUCUCUGCGUGUGGACCGCGGCUUCAAAAAGGAAUUAAUGCAGAAGGACUUACCAGAGAGCAUCACCAAGCUUCGCUACGUCUAUCACAAGAACAGUCUGUCAUUGCCCAAGUGCACCACCAAUCUGGUGAUCGACGAGGUCAAUGAUCCGUUGGAGCCAGGUACUGUCCCGCCCAGUGUCACCAAGCUGGAGUUCUCACAUGACUACAAUCAUGGCAUUGAAGUUGGCGUCAUCCCACCAUCAGUAACCUCUCUCAAGGUUGGCAUUGUGCUGGCUCAAAAGUUGAAGCCCAACAUGAUACCAAUGACCGUCACGAGCAUCGACAUGGGUCUACUGUACAAUAGACAAUUGGAGCCUGGCCUCCUGCCCAAGUCCGUCACCACGCUGAGACUGGGCUCUACGUUCAGACACCGCCUUGACCCCAAGUUGUUGCCGCGUCUGACCCGACUGGAGGUGCCAUCACACUACAAGCAUCCUAUACCAAACACUGUAACAUCGCUACGUCUACACAAUGGAGUGUACUACAACUUUAGCCAGGAUCAGUUUGAUCUGGAGGCGUUGCCCUCCACGACCACCGUCGCACUUGACAUUCCAACAUUGGAGAGGAUCAACAUUCGUCUAAUGGAUGAUCGUUACUCCAUAUUCCUAUCUGAUCACUACUUUGUCGGAGGAUUCUUCAGCAAUCAAUCAAUGAACGAUGGUUCAUUCCUCCAGCAGCCCAAGAACACAUUGACGAACAAUGUUGUCGCUGCCAGCCAAGAGAAUAUCCCUGAUGAA